CGAACCGUCGGGGCUGGGCGGCCUCCCUACUCUCCCUGCUUCGUCCAGGACCCCCUCGUCUAUCCAAGGCAGGCUGCAGGGGGACCGGGUGCAGACACAAGCAGGUCGCCCUCCCUUCUGCUCAGAUCCGCUGAACAGUUCCUCCUGCUUCUCAGACCCCAUCCUGCCGCUCCCUGGCCCGGAGCCCAGGGAGCUCCACUCGGGGCUCACUCCACCACUGCAGCCUGCUCAGAAGUCACUUCCCGGACCACACACCCCAGUCACUCUGCCCUCGUCUGCUUUUUUCUCCGUCCAGGCUCCUCGUCCUCAGUCCUAGACGCUCGGAGUUAAGCGCUCGUGGCAUCGCCCUCCACAAACACAGCGCGUCCUGGGGGGCGGCCGUGGCGCACCGCUGCGUCCCCAGCACCUUGCCAGGCGGAUAGCAGGUGCCCCUUACGGCUUACAGAGGAAGCUCCACCCACCUCAAGCCAAGAUGUCCAGCAAGCGGGCCAAGGCCAAGACCACCAAGAAGAGGCCACAGCGGGCCACAUCCAAUGUUUUCGCAAUGUUUGACCAGUCCCAGAUCCAAGAGUUUAAGGAGGCCUUCAACAUGAUCGACCAGAACCGGGACGGCUUCAUCGACAAGGAGGACCUGCAUGACAUGCUGGCCUCCCUAGGGAAGAACCCCACAGACGAGUACCUGGAGGGCAUGAUGAGCGAGGCCCCGGGGCCCAUCAACUUCACCAUGUUCCUCACCAUGUUCGGGGAGAAGCUGAACGGCACCGACCCAGAGGACGUGAUCCGCAACGCCUUUGCCUGCUUCGACGAGGAGGCCUCAGGCUCCAUCCAUGAGGACCACCUCCGGGAGCUGCUCACCACCAUGGGAGACCGCUUCACGGACGAGGAAGUGGACGAGAUGUACCGCGAGGCGCCCAUCGACAAGAAGGGCAACUUCAACUACGUGGAGUUCACCCGCAUCCUCAAGCAUGGGGCCAAGGACAAGGACGACUAGGCCCCGGGGGCCCUCGGCCGGCCCUUCCUCCGCCCCACGCACACGCACCACCGGGCCGCCCAGGGGUGGGUCCAGCCCCGAGAGACACGGGCCGAGGACCCCUGAAGGACCGUCGUCCAGGGAGACGGAAGGCCUCGGGAGUGAGGGCUGCCUGUCCCUAGGCUGCCCGGGGGAUGCGGCCCUGGGUCCUGGUGUCAACAGCACUUCAUGAGCACCCACACACGCGCGAGCUCGCCACGUCCCCAAGUGGACAGCACCAGACCCCCGCCCCUGCCCGUCCACUCUUCUGGGAAUGCUCAGGUCACCUGGACACCCCUGUCCCAGGGAGGCAGAGUCUCCAAUAGAAGGCUGAGCACUA